AUGUUUGAAAUUGUGGCAUUUCGUCAGUCCCCAUCCGAGGUGGAGGCCUUUGUCUAUAUUCAGCUGGUAGACUUCUCGCCCGCCCGGGUAUCCACCUUUGGAGUAAGAGUAUGCUGCAUCAUACCUGGGGUGCGCUAUAUUCGCAUCCGGGCAGCGCGGAGUACGGUGCCGACGGAGACGACAGCGAUGGAGAAGGGACUGCAGCUGCCGAGCAGGGUGCUGACGUCAGUGAAUAUGUCGGUGGCAACGCACGAGGCGGAGAAGGAGGGGCCAGCGGCAGCAGGGGCCCCGGAGGUGGCACCUCGGGAGUGGCAGCAGCAGCUACGACUGCAGCAGCCGGGAAGGGGUGUGGCAGGGCCGGCAGCGAUAGCGCCCUCAGUAGGGGCUAACCCGACCGCCAGAGCCCCUCCUCCACCACCUCCCGAGUCAAUCCCGCCCGGUCACGAGCUGGCGCUCAUUGGGAACAAUAAAAGUAAGAUACCACCCGAGGCCACACUCAGCGCUGCGAAGGCAAAGCCCCCGAAACAGCUGCGAACCGAGGGCACUAUUGGACUCAUGUACACGGCUUCACCAGGCACUCUGGAACGAGCGAGCUACAGACCGCCAGCCGGACGCGAUCCACGAGUGCAAGGGUUGGAUAGCAGGGCCGUGGACGCGGAAGGGUUCCGACUCGUGGCGGGAGGUACACGAAACGGGCAGCAUGAGUGGAACCGUGCUACCCCGAUGGACCUACCCACUUACGUGAACGACAUCCCGGAUUUAGAGCAGUUGCAGGCUGUACGCGAGGUCAUGGGUUUUGAAGGACUGAGGGACUACCAGAACUAUGAUGGACUCGGAACUCGAAAUUGCCAGGACCAAGUUUGCAAUUUCUUUGGUGCCCAGCUUGGGGCGCUCUGCAGAUCCGAAGGGCUGCUCGUGAUGAACGGCCGGAUGAGAGGGGACCUUGAAGGCCGCCUAACUUUCCCUUAA